AUGCCGCUGUUAUCGGCGCACCGCCAGCAGGAACCGGCUGCCCAGGAACGGCCGGAACAGCUGCUGGAACUGGAAAGUCCAGCCUUCACGAUCGUACCGAGCGAUCAGUACCAGCGGAGCAUGAUCGGUAAACCGAACGCGAUCGUACGACCCCUCAGACAUGCCGGGCAGCCGCAACAACAACAGCCACAGCAACAGCAACGGGAAGUGAUCGAAGGACAGCACAUUGUUAGUCUUCACCCGGACUACAAGCUUCUGCACGAGCUCGAGCAGCAGCUGAUCCGGAGCAAUCGGAAGAGCCGCCGGAGCGCUGCCAGCGAGCCCAAGGAUGACCGCAACGGGCAGCAGCAGCAGCAGGAACACCAUCAACACCCGCAGCAACAGCAGCAGCAGCAGCAGGAGAGUCGUCCUUUCACGCACGAGUUUAGCCGCGAGCUGGACGCCAAGCUUCGAAUGCUGCAGGGUGACUCCUCGAAGCGUUCGUCGAAAAAUGGCAGCACGCAGGAGGUGAACGCCAGGAAGCGGCCACUCUUCAUCACGACCGUCCCGAAGGGUGUGUUCCUGAAGCCGUGCAAGGAUCUGCCGGUCCUGCACGCGUCCGCACCGGCGCCUGUACAGCGCCGCCUGUACGCGUUCGAGAGCCGGCCCCGUGUCCUGCCGGCCCACGGUCCUGCCGGCAAACCGCCCGGUGCUCCGAACAACAACAAUGACACCAGCCACCCGAACUACAACCAUCCGGGCCUGGAGUACAUCUGCAAGCACGGCAGCCAUCACUACAACAAACCGCUGGCCCGUGGCCCCGGCAUCCAACCGGAAGUGCCGACGGAGACCACGGUCCGAAAGGUGGUGACUGCGGCGACGACGACGACGGAGCUGCAAUCGAUCGGAGCGACCGGCCGGGGCCACCGUACGGCAAGGGACCAAUCGCAGCCUGGCGGCAACUACCAGAACGUGAUGCACGAUCGGCGCGUCGUCCGCGGCAGCAAUUAUACCUCAAGCAGCAACCUACAGCUGGGCGAUGGCGACAGCACGCAGAAGGAAGCGGAAGCCCGACGGCGGCAAAUGCUGCGCAAGAAGUACGUCUCCCGAAAUCAGCGCGGCAUCAUCGGGACACCGCCUCCGGUGCGUGGCCGACGGCACGAAACGGUCCAAACGGAAAAGUACCUCGAGGAGCUAUUUCUGCACCCGCCCGAGCUCGAUGCCGGCUGCCAGACGGACCUGUUCCUCCACCGACCGCCGUCGCCGCCCUACAUUCCCGCCAAGAGCGGCUGCGAUGCGGCCACCGAGAUCCUCGAUGGUGAGCUGUUUGACUUCGACACCGAGGUACAGCCGAUCAUCGAGGUGCUCGUCAGCCGGACCCUAGAGCAGGCGCUGGUGGAAGUGCUGCAUGAGGAAGAGAUUGCCGAAAUGCGCCGCCAGCAGCAGAAAAUUCUGGCACUGCGCGAAGCGGAACUGGCCGAACUGCGGCGGCUCGAGCUCGACGAGCAGAAGCGCCAGCGGGAGCGCGAGCGUCGCUUCCUGCAGGACAAAAUCACCGGCGAUCUGGACCGCGAGAUGCAGGAACGCAUUACGGCGGCCAAACUGCUGGAGGGCAGGAUCGACGAUCUCGUACCGGAAGUGAUGGCGGCCGCCGACCAGCUCGACAGCGAGAAGGACCGCGAAGAGUUCGAACGCCAGAUCACGCCCUGGCUGGCGCGGGAAGUAGCGCACGAAAUCGGCCAGUGGAUCGAUUCCCGGGAGUUGCUGGAAGAUAUCAUACGCGAAAUUGUCAAGCACAAAAAGAAGCUUCUGGUGACCGCCGAAGACCAGUACGAUGAAGUGGACCCGGAUGACGCCCCAGACGAGCCCGUGCCGAGUGAUGCCGGCGGUGGCGAGGAAAUCGAUGGGACAGUCCAAACUAUCGAAGCUCCACCGGAAGCAACCGCCAAGGGCACCGAAGAAAGUGAGGCUUAA